GAAAUCGGAGGCGCUUCCGCUUGGGCAUUCUGGGAAGUGUAGUCCAGGAGCGGGGUACAGUCGGGGACACUUCCGCUCCAGGAAGGCGAGGUCGGGGCCGAGAUUGUUGGCAGGGAGCUUUGCCUUCCCAGAACUCUGCCCUUCCCCAAAAGGAAAAGGAGAAAAAAAUGACCAAAUUCCAGGAGGCAGUGACGUUCAAGGACGUGGCUGUGGUCUUCACGGAGGAGGAGCUGGGGCUGCUGGACCCCACCCAGAGGAAGCUGUACCGAGAAGUGAUGCUGGAGAACUUCCGGAACCUGGUCUCUGUGGGGCAUUCAUCCUCCAAACCAGAUGUGAUAUCCCAGUUGGAGAGAGAGGAAAAGCUUUGCACGAAGGAGAUCCACACUCAAAGAGGUAGGCGCGGCUCGGGCAGGAAUCAAAACGAGAAGGAGACUCUUCACGAAGCAGGAGUAAGGUGCCUUUCAUUGGGAGAGUUUUCAUGUUGGCAAAUCAAGAGACAUAUCGUGAGCAAAUUAACCAAAGAUCAAGACUCCAAGAUAAAUCUUCAAGGGAAGAGUUCUGAGUUCCCUGAACAGUGUGAUUCCCCCUGUCGAGUGGGAGCAGGAAUAUGUAUUCAGGCUUCCGUGGAAGACAGCUGUAUAAUGAACCUUAUAGAGGAUCAUUCCAGUAUUCUUGAAAAUCAAGAAUUUCUGGCCGGGAGAGUUCAGAAUUCUUGGAGUAAAAUAUAUCUCAGCGAAACACAGAAUUACCAGAGAAGUUGUAAGCAGACUCCGAUGAAAAACCAAUUAUGUAUAUUUGCUCCAUACGUUAACCUCUUUAGUUGUAUGUCACACCACCAUGAUGGCGAUAAACCUCACAACGAAGACUGUGGUAAAGACAUCUUAAAGGUGUCCCCUCUGGUCCAGCAGACCUACCACUGUCGUCAGUGUGAGAAAGCAUUCAACGAUGGCGCCAGUCUUGAACUUCAUCAGCAGGUACAUUCGAGAAAGAAGUCCUCCGAGUACGGCGCACAUGAGAAGGACGCCCGCUAUAGCUCAGCUCUGCCCAUUCCACAAAGUGUUUACACAGGAAAAAAACGCUAUUGGUGUCACGAGUGUGGGAAGGGUUUCAGCCAGAGCUCAAACCUGCAGACUCAUCAGAGAGUGCACACAGGGGAGAAGCCCUAUUCGUGCCUUGAGUGUGGGAAGAGCUUUAACCAGACCUCCCAUCUUUACGCCCAUUUGCCUAUUCACACAGGAGAGAAGCCCUACAGAUGUGAAAGUUGUGGGAAGGGCUUCAGUCGUAGCACAGAUCUUAACAUUCACUGCAGAGUCCACACUGGAGAGAAACCUUACAAAUGUGAGGUGUGCGGGAAGGGCUUCACCCAGAGAUCACAUCUUCAGGCCCACGAGAGAAUCCACACCGGAGAGAAACCAUAUAAGUGUGGAGACUGUGGUAAACGCUUUAGUUGCAGCUCAAAUCUCCAUACCCACCAGAGAGUCCACACGGAAGAGAAACCGUAUAAGUGUGAUGAGUGUGGAAAGUGCUUCAGCUUGAGCUUUAACCUUCACAGCCAUCAGCGGGUCCACACGGGAGAGAAACCAUAUAAAUGCGAAGAGUGUGGGAAGGGUUUUAGUUCAGCCUCAAGUUUCCAGAGCCAUCAAAGGGUUCACACGGGGGAGAAACCAUUUCGCUGCAACGUGUGUGGUAAAGGCUUCAGUCAGAGUUCCUAUUUUCAAGCCCAUCAGAGAGUCCACACUGGAGAAAAACCAUACAAAUGUGAGGUGUGUGGGAAGCGCUUCAAUUGGAGCUUGAAUCUUCACAAUCAUCAGAGGGUCCACACAGGGGAGAAACCUUAUAAAUGUGAAGAGUGUGGAAAGGGCUUCAGUCAGGCCUCCAAUCUUCAAGCUCAUCAGAGUGUCCACACUGGGGAGAAACCAUUCAAGUGUGACGCGUGCCAGAAGCGAUUCAGUCAGGCCUCCCAUCUUCAAGCCCAUCAGAGAGUCCACACGGGAGAGAAGCCAUAUAAAUGCGAUACAUGUGGCAAGGCCUUCAGCCAGAGGUCAAAUCUUCAAGUCCACCAGAUCAUUCACACUGGAGAGAAACCGUUUAAAUGUGAGGAGUGUGGGAAAGAAUUCAGUUGGAGUGCUGGGCUCAGUGCUCAUCAGAGGGUCCACACAGGAGAGAAACCUUAUACGUGUCAGCAGUGUGGUAAAGGCUUCAGUCAGGCCUCCCAUUUUCACACGCAUCAGAGGGUCCACACUGGAGAAAGGCCAUACAUAUGUGAUGUGUGUUGUAAAGGCUUCAGCCAGAGAUCACAUCUUGUGUACCAUCAGAGAGUCCACACUGGAGCAAAUCUGUAGAAGUGUGAGGUGGGGGGGGGGGGGGGGGGGUGGCCUUCGGUUAGAGUUCACAUCAUCUCCAUUGGAAAAUGGACGCUAGUAAUUGUAGAAAGUUCCUUCAGAACUCAGAAGCCUCCAGGAAUCUUCACAUGCAAGCCGCUCUGUGAAGCGCUCUCUUUUAAGGACAGCUGGGUGCUGAAUUCUUUGCGAAUCGGAUCUCACAGACGAGAGAAAACCUUUUCCGUAAAUACGGCCAGUGUUUGUGCCGGCAUUCUGAAUGUCCCAAUUUUUCGAGAUGCAACAGAAAAGAACUUCAAAAUUCACCCCAGUCUACCCAGGAAAGAGGCCUUAUAAAUGAAGAUUAGGGGCAGGACUUUUAACAAAAGUAUAGUGAUGGACAAGUAAAAUUAAUGUCGGUGGCAGUGUAACCUCCAUGUAGGGAGGGAGGUUUUUCACUACUUUAUCUCUACUGUGUAGAAAAGUGCGCUUGGCUCGUAAGAGAUGCCCAGCAAUUACCGGACAAAGUGGAGAAAAUCUGUCAUUAGGACAGAUACAGUAAAACCUUGGUUUUAUGUGUGCCAUACGUGAGCAUAAUUCAUUCCAGAAACAUGCUUAAUCCAAAGCAGUUGAAUACCUAAGCCAAUUUCGUCAUAAGAAAUAACUCGGAUGAUUUGUUCCACAACCCAAAAAUAUUCGGAUGAAAAGGAUUACAAUACUGUAAUAGAAUACAAAAUCAUAAAAUAUAAGGAAAAAUAAAUUAACCUGCACUUACCUUUGAAAACCUUAGUGGCUGGUGUGAGGGAGACAAGAGAAAGGAGGGUGACUGUGUAGGAUGACAGUCACUGUCACUAACGGAAUCACUGCCAUCUGUUGGCUCAAUGGACUCUUCUGCACAGGGCCCUUGUAUGUGGUCGCACGGAUGUUGGCUACAGGACAGUAUUAAUGAACUCUUGUCAUAUACUGUAUUUAAUGUAACUGGCAAGAAGGCAGCAGAGGAAAGGGUCUCUAGCUGUAGGCAGCCUGACCUAGAAUGAAGCAAAGCCUUCUUAAGCUUACUCUUGUAUGGAAAAGCAAGGGGCUGUCCAUAGGUGCUUUGAAGUGAUAAAAAUACACUAGUGCCUGUUGUGGGUACCUUCCAACAUUCUAAAAAAAUCACUGAUUUCCGCCGAACACCACAGCCUGAGACUGAGCAUCUGAGCCUGGGAAUCCUUCGGUGAGAGAGAGAGAGAACCAUUGGCUCACUUGUGAUCACAUGACAUUGGGCAUCACAUACGACUCGUAUUGCAAGACAUCCCUCGUCUGUCAAGUGAAAACAUAUUAGAAAUGUUUGCCCGUCUUGUGGAACAUUCGCAGAACAAGAUACUCGCAGUCCAAGGUUUUACUGUAUUUGAAAAUUCUACUCCCCUACCCUGAAUUCAUAAUAACAUACUUCAAAGGAAUCCUGCAAGUAGCCUUAAUGAGAUUAAUUUCAGGAGAUACUCAAGUACAGAAAAUUACAUAAUACUGCCAUCCACAAUAAUGCAAACUGGGAUGGCACUGGUGAAUGGCCCCCAUCCCCAAUCUGGCCCUGGUUCUUUGUAGUGUGUCAGCCCUGUUGUACAGUGUAAUAUUUAAUGUUAUUUGUAUUUUAUAGACUGAAAAAUACUGUUUUUAAGCAAUCUAAUAACAUGAUACAAUUUAUAUGCUUGGGAAUUUUGGACCCUAAUCCAUUAAGGUAGAUUUCACUGUUAACUCUUUAAAAGUGUUGAAUAGUUACUAAUGACAAAAAGUUUUUUAGUAAACUUGAAUUGUUAAUAAUCGGUUUCUUCUCCUUUUUCCAUUUAGGCUUAGGUUGCCUUCUCUGUGCAUAAGCCCCCCACACAGACCUCUGUAGGCAGGGGCUUUAGCAGAUUUCAAGUACGUUAAUUUUGUCACACCCCGCCCCCCCACCAAAGGGAGUGUGGAGCAAGAAACCUGUUGAAUUUUAUUGAGAUUUCAUUAAAUGUAACAAUUUAGGUGGAUUACCAUUUGCACAGCAUUCAGCAUUCAGUGCCUCUUGUUAGGAGCGAACACCAUUAGCUGGUCAAUAUCACAAUACCCUUUGACCUGGCAAUCAUAGCACUAGAGGCUUCGCUUAAAAGAUUAUAGGGAAAGUGGGAGUGGACACAGGAUGCUUAUACUUAAUUUUACAAAAAAAAAAAAAAAUUCUUAGCAAAAUAUUGGAGUAAAUAUGUUCUAAUGAUAUACAACUGCAAAAAAAAAAAAAAAAGAUAACGACCUUGAUCUAUAAUGGCAGGUAGAGAUCCAUCUUUCAUGAGAAAACUAGGUUAGCGCCCUCCCAGUAUGUGUGGACCAACAAAUAUGUAUACCUACAGAUGUGCUUAUGGAUGGCUUUAUCUCACCAUAUGUCACGGGAACCUGUUUACAGAGACGCAUGAAAGGAUGUUCAUUGUUUCAUUAUUGGUUAUAGCACAGUUUGCAUUCAUCAGGUGGGUUGACAAAACAGUUUAUGGUUUAUUCAGCGCAAUACUAUGCAAAAUCACGUGAAAAAUAAACUUAUGGUUACUAACACUGGUAAAUACCCAGGAUAUGCAAAUAAGAGUGGCCAGAGUUUUGUAGGAGAUAGAUGCAUGUCAAUCUAUUAUGUCCCCUUUAAAAGUAAUCAGAUCAUAUUCAUACCUCUAGAUAUACUGUGCUAUGUAUGUAGAAUAUUCUCAUGUAUACCUAUGAUACAAUUACCUUUAAAAGGGGGGGUAUUAUAGUAAAAUUUUAACUUGUUUUGAGAGCAUUUUAAAGCCUUUAUUUUCAGCGUAUUCUAAACAUUCAGAAAAGAUGCAAGAACAGAAUUCCCAUAUAUCCUUAGGUUAUCCACUGUGAUUACAGACCAAGCAGAUCAUUCAACUGUAUAAUACCUGAGUUGAGAGGACCCACACAGCUUUGGUUCCUUGGGCAUGUCUUUCCAUCUCUGUGGUCGCAGAGCCACUUCAUACUGACUGGACACUGUGUGGAGGCUCAGAGUAUCCUAACAAAAAUCAGCAGAAGUACUAUGGCCUCGUCUAAUCUACCCUCAGAAGUUACAGUGUUAAUUCGAGGAGGCAGUUACAAAAACCCAUCCAGGAUCAAAAAGAGAGGGAGCACGGACUCCACCUUUUGAUAAGAGGAGUGUCAAGGAAUUUGCAAACGUGUCUUAAGAUUACCAUACUUGGUUAUAAUGUUUUCUACCCUACAGCUUAUUCAAAUUCCACAGUUGUCCCAUAAUACGUUUAUAACAAUUUUUUUUUUCUCUAUUCCAGGAUCUAAUCUUAAGACAGGUCGUUAAGUUGUCCUGUUCCUUUAAUCUUUAAAUCUGGAUCAGCUCCACGGUAUUUCUCUUUCAUGAAAUCAGUAUCUUUGAAAAGUAUGGGCUAAUUUGUAGACUAUCCCUAAAUUUUGGUGUGAUCUCUCAUGAUUAGAUUCAAAUCAGUGUGGCAAGCAUGUUCCAUGAAUGACACAUACUUCUCAGUGCAUUAAACCAGGAAACACAUUUAUCAGUGAUCCUAGUUUUGAUCAUUUGAAUAAACUGACAACUUCAAGGUUUCUCCACUAUAAAAUUGCUGUUUUGCCUUUGAUAUUAAUAAGUAAUUUGUGGGGAGAUUUUUGUGUAACAACUACCUUAUUACAGUCUUUCACCUGCUAGUUUUAUUGUUGAUAUCUUCGGUCUCAGUUAUUACUGCGAUGAUUGCAAAGCGAUGGCUUUCUUGCUCUGUCAUUCCUCCUAUAUUUAGCACUUGGCAUUCCAUCAUUACAGGAGCUUUCCCUUCCCCCCUGUGUCUCUUUUCUAUCUGUAUGUAUCAUCAAUAUGAACACUUGAUUUCUGGUCUAAUAGCAUUUUGGGUUUAUCUUGUAUUCUGCCUGCUGCAGCCACAGAUUCUACAAAGACCUGAUUCCUUUGAGUGGAAUGGUACUUAGAAACCAAGAUCUGCGUGCUAUGUGUUAUCAUUAUUGGGGUAUCAGUCCUUCCUGUAUAUGUAUGUAUGUGAAAAAUGAAGACACCUUCAACUUCAAAUAAGUAUGUCUAGUCUGUCCCUCUUCCAUAUUAACUUCUUUUGCAAUAGUCGGAAAUCCGUUCCCACUAUCAUCAAUCUGUUUACUGAUUAUUCAGUCCUUUAAUACACAGCAAGUAGUUUUGAGUUGCUAAACAAUAGCAUUGCGGGGGUAACUGGGUAGCUCGGUCAGUUUUGCAUCCAACUCUUGAUUUCAGUUCAGGUCAUGAUCCUACGGUCAUGGCGUCAUGCCCUGCAUGAGGCUCUAGGCUGAGCAUGGAGCCUGCUUAAGAUUCUCUCUCUCUGUCCUUCUCCCCGACUCGUGCGUGCUCUCUCUCAAAAAAUAAACAAUAGCAUUGCAAAAAAUAAACCUGGCUGUGUUCAGGACUUGUUUACAAGAAUUUUUCUCUCUAAACCAAGUAUAUAAAGUACUUUAAAAGUAA